AUGACCCCGAGUAAUCCUAUCACACACAGCUUCCAUAUAUUUGGUGAUGCUCUCUGCCAAAACUAUGCUCCAGGUGGGUCCCAGACAGUUAAUUUGGAGAUUUGCUCAGCUAAACCGAUACCAGAGCAAAGAGAUGCUUUAUUCAAAGAGUUUAUCUCUUAUAUACAAGCCAUUGGAAAGGAGCAGCGACUUAAAGACAGCGGUAUUUUGCCCUCGCCGGAAGAAUAUAUCAAGCUUAGGCUGGACUCUAGCGCGAUAGGCCUGGUCUACGCAAUUACCGAGUUUAGCGUGAACAGAAGGAUCCCUGAGGUUCUUAAGGACAUGCCAGCAAUGAAGACUAUCCGGGAACAAACGAUUGCAAUAAUAUUCCUUGUCAAUGACAUUGCGUCAUUCAGAAAGGAAUUGAAGAGUGACUGUCUGCAUAACUAUAUUCCCAUCGCUUAUAACGCAGGCAGUAGCUUACAAAAUGCCCUACUUGGCGCGGUAAAAUCAAUCGAAGAGCGCGUCGAAGCCUUCGAGAAGGCCGCAGAAGAGCUUGUGGAGGAGGCAAAGGCCAAUGGCUAUACUGAGAACGACGUCCUGUGGUUUAUUCAAAUGUGUCAAACGUAUUGUACUGGCAAUUUUGAAUGGAGGUAA